AUGAGAUUUAUUGGUAAUCUACGCGCUGCCCCCGAUGGCAAAAAACUAGGACGACUUAGUCAGGAGGAACUGUUAGCCGCCGAAAACGUUAUUUGGAGGAUUUGCCAGCAAGAGGCUUAUCCAGACGAGCGCGCGUUGUUGAGUAAAAAUAAAUCAGAAGUUACAUUGACUAAAGGAAGUCGAAUCUACAAUUAUGCACCAUACAUGGAUGAGAAUGAUGUGCUGAGACAAGACGGUCGGAUUGGAGCAGCCGCUCACGCCAAAUUCGAUGUUAAAUUUCCCAUCAUUCUGCCACAAGAACACCGCGUAACACUGUUAGUAAUUAACGACUAUCAUAGUAGAUACCAUCACGCGAAUUCAGAGCUUGUCGUGAACGAAGUGAGACAGAAAUUCAAAAUUCCAAAACUGCGUGCAAUUGUAAAAAAGGUAGUUCGGCAAUGUCAGUACUGCAAAGUCUACAAAUCGCUUCCAGCUGUGCCAAGAAUGGCACCUUUACCGUCAGCGAGAUUGUCAUCCUUUGAAAGACCUUUCUCAUACGUUGGUAUCGAUUACUUCGGACCGCUGCUAGUGACGGUGGGGCGGAGUAGCCAAAAACGAUGGGUCGCUUUAUUCACAUGUCUCACUAUCAGAGCCGUCCAUCUGGAGGUGGCACAUAGUCUGAGUACGGAGAGUUGCAUCCUGUGUUUCCGUCGAUUCGUAGGGCGCAGGGGAGCACCAAUAGAAGUGUACUCGGACAACGGGAGUAACUUCCACGGUGCCGAGAAAAUAUUGAGGAAGCAAAUCGAUGCUGGUAUGGCCGACACAUUUACUAACGCGAACACAAAGUGGCACUUCAACCCACCAUCUGCCCCACACAUGGGGGGUGCUUGGGAAAGGAUGGUGCGUUCAGUAAAAGUUGCGAUCGAAGGUAUUCACACUGGCAGAAAGCUGAAUGAUGAAGGGUUACUGACACUUUUGGCGGAAGCGGAAAGUAUUGUCAACUCCAGACCAUUGACUUACAUCCCUUUGGAUUCAGCAGAGCAAGAGGCGCUUACGCCAAAUCAUUUCGUGCUUGGCAGUUCAACGGGCGUAAAACAACCUGCUGUGAUUCCUGUGGACUAUCGAGAAGCUAUCAAAGGGAGCUGGAACCAGAUACGUCAUCAGUUAGACCUGUUCUGGCAUCGUUGGCUCAAAGAGUACUUACCAAUCAUUUGUAGGCGUACUAAGUGGUUCAACGACACGAAGGCGUUAGAGGUGGGAGAUCUAGUCGUGAUUGCUGAUAGCAACAAGCGGAACAACUGGGUGCGAGGACGAGUAAUCGGAAUCCAACCUGGGACUGACGGAAGGAUACGUCGAGCAAGCGUGCAAACAUCGACGGGAGUAAUGAAGCGACCAGUAUCGAAGCUGGCCGUCUUAGAUGUCGGCGAUUCAGGUAAAACAGCGUAG